AUGUGCAAACGUCUUGCCAUCCUCCAACUCUCCCUGGCACUGGUCACUCCAGUGCUAGGUAUCUCCUACCCAGCAACCAUCGAAAUCGACCUCCUAUUUCCCCGGAAUGAGACCUACAACAAUAUGACCGGGUUCCCCAUCGUCUUCGCACUCCAGAACGCUGAUGCCGCUGGCACAUUCGGAUGGGAUUUCGACUGGCAGUUCACUCGGCUGGACGGAGAUGGAAACAAUAAGUUCCUGGAUUUCUAUACCGGCUCGCUGCUAGACGACAGUCCGACAUCCAAUGAUUUCAGAUACCAGACCGACGAUAUUUUGAUUGUCCCGGGCAAGAUCUACAGCGAAAACAACUACUACAUACGCCCCGGUACAUACAGCGUCUCUUGGAGAUACUACACAUCGACGUGCACGAAGACGAACGGCACGACAUAUAUCAAUGACCAGACCAUGGCCGCGCACGCAAACAGCACCGUCAUCUUCACUGUUGUCGCUGACGGGAGUGGCUUGGAUUUCGAAAUUCCAGCAGACGAAUGCCCGGUUUAUUCAGGGCAAUGGACGGCGGAAAGUGGAACGUCGAGUGACUGUCCCGUUCGCGACCUGGAAGUGCUUGAGCCCUCGGAUCCUUGUAAGGCGCAGCUCAGUAAGAAGCAACUAUCUUGUCUGCAGAAUUGGUUUGCCGGGAAUAACGGGUCGCAUGUGUGUCAUUCCAGUCUGAAGCAGUGGGAUGUGUUAAGGGAAUCUGCUGCGGCCAGUCUUGUGCCGGGAGUGCCAUAUCUGUUGUUUUCAGCGCUCCUAGGGAUGAUCGUGGAGUCUAUAUAG